AUGUAUGCGAGAAAGCUGGGCGCGUCUGAAAAUGCCCUCAUGAAGGCCCUUUGGGGUGACUGGUACUACAUCCCCAAAACCAAGAAGAUCCUGAAGAAGAAGGCCGCACAGGCAGCAGUGGCCGGCGCAUCUUCAUCUGCUGCCGCGCGGCUGCGGCCGAUGUUUGUCCAGUUUGUGCUGGAGCCCGUGUGGCAGAUCUAUGAGGCUGCCUCCCAGGGAAGCAACAGUGGUAACAGUGGUGACAGUGGUAACAGUGGUAACAGCAGCUACAGUGGCAGUGGCUGUAGUGGUAAUGCAGAGGACGGCAGCAAAUCCAAUCCGAUUCUCGAGAAGAUCAUAUCUUCGCUGGGUCUGUCUGUGCCGCCCAAGGAUCUCCAGCACAAGGACCCCCGCACCGUCGCCCAAUCAGUGAUUGCCAGGUGGCUGCCUCUCGCGCCGUGCAUUCUCUCCAUGGUGGUGGAUUGCCUUCCCGACCCUGUCGCCGCCCAGAAAGACAGGCUCGGGUGCUACCUGCCGAACCGGCCCACCGUACCGAGUGGUUCGGUAGACAGGUCUGGGAAAGAGGGGGAAGGGGAGGAGGAGGGAGGGGAGGAGAGGGUGUUGCGACAGGUGGCGGCGGUUGAUAGGGCGGUGGAGAUGUGUGAUUCGAGUGAAGAGGCCCCGUGUGUGGUCUUUGUUUCUAAGAUGUUUGCCGUGCCUUUUGAAAUGCUUCCUAGGGAGGAGCAGCGGGCAGAAGAGGAUGCAGCAGCAGCAGCAGCAGCAGCAGGAGGAGGAGCAGGGGCGGGAGGAGAUUUAACCACAGUGGACGAUUUAGCAGGCUCAGUGCGCGAUCGAGACUUCUUCUUUGCGUUUGCCCGCGUUUUCUGCGGACGGCUGCGGGCGGGGCAGCGCGUGUUUGUCCUUUCCCCUCUGUACGACCCGUGCCGCGCGGCGACGUGGGCGCGGCACAGACAAGAGGCGCAAGUGGGCGCACUGUUCAUGAUGAUGGGGCAGGGGCUGCAGCCAAUCAGCAGCGUGCCAGCUGGCAACUGCGUGGCGAUCAAGGGAUUGGAGGCGUGCAUUCUGAAAAGUGCGACUGUGGCUUCCACUCCCUACUGCCAGCCGUUUUCUUCCAUGGUGUUCCAGGCUGCUCCUAUUGUACGGGUAGCAAUCGAGCCAGAGGACCCUCGCCACCUGCCCCUCCUCGCCCGGGGCCUGCGUCUCCUAAACCGUGCAGACCCGUUUGUAGAGGUCGUAUUAGCGCGCUCCGGAGAGCAUGUGGUGGGGGCAGCAGGCGAGGUGCAUCUGGAGCGAUGCAUCAAGGACCUGCAGGAGCGCUUCGCACGCAUCAAGCUGGUUGUCUCCAAGCCCAUCGUGUCCUUCCGAGAAACUAUUGCCCCCACGGGGUAUGCAACGGGGCAUGCGACUGGAUCAGUGACUGGAUCUACAAGUGCAUCUGGGUCUGAAAAUGCGUCGGUUUUUCCUACCACGGUGCUUACGGUUACCACCACCCCGGGUCCCCCUCCUAGUCUCACAUCAGUGCUAGGUGCUGGGGUUGAUGGGACGAGCAGCAGUGGGAACUCAGCAUCCUCGUUAGCAGCAGCUUCGUUAUCACCGCUAGCAGCGCUGGCAGCGAAUUCAGCGUCUUCGAGUGCGUCUGUUGCUUCUGGAGCAGCCAUACCGUUGGGCUUCGGCCUUGGUUACGCGCUUGCGGUUACCACAACCGGCACAGGUACCAGCAGUGGUGGUGCUGCUGCUGCUGCUGCUGCUGCGGGUAGUGGUGGUAACCCUGCAAAUAGUACCUUUGCCACUCUCUCAUCGCUAAGGCAGCGCCUUCUAGAAGCUAUAGAUGAAGCAGAUCCAGACGAGGGCUUGGACGCAUCUGGGGGAGGCUCAUCUGCUUCUGCCGCCUCUGCUUCCGCCGCCGCUUCGUCUUCUUCUGCGGCGAACCAGCCAAUGGGAGCGGAGGCGAGGCGGACGGCAGUGGCGGAUUUCCGGGGGGCAUGGAGGAGCAAGCUGGAGAGAAUCUGGUCGCUAGGGCCGAGACACGUCGGCCCAAACCUGCUGCUGGCUCCUAUUCCUGUGACUUCAGGUGGGAGCAGUACUGUGGCUCCUAAUCCCGGUAGUAGGAGUAGUACUGUUCCCUCAACGUCAGGCGUUUCUGGGAGCUUGCCACCUGGCGGUGUGGUCGUUCCCGGGCUGCCGGAAGCUUCCUGGAAGCUGGGGCUGGCGAGCACGGGUGCAGCGCAGGGCGGUGCGGAAGAGACGGGGAAAGAGGUGGGAGGGUCGAAUGGUGCGGUUAGUGGAGCAGAUGGGGAGGAGCGGGAGGAGAGGGAGGGUGGUGCUGUUGUUGGUGAUGCUUCUGUUAGUCCCUCUAGUGCGCCAGACCAUGAAGCGGCGCUGCGGAACGAAGCGGCCGGUGAGACUUCUCAAGACCAUGAUGACGUGGCACUGCAGCACGAAGCGGAGGGAUUGGCCGGGUCGGUGGUGAGUGGCUUCCAGCUCGCCACGUCAGCAGGGCCUCUGUGCGAGGAGCCCCUGUGGGGGCUGGCGUUCACUGUAGAGGUCGUGAUUGUGAUGAGUGCAGUGAAAGACGCGUGCAGAGCAGCAGUAGCAGCCAACUCGCCUCGGCUGGUGGAAGCCAUGUUUCUGUGCGAGGUCACCACCACCACUGAGGCUCUAGGCGCCGUGUAUGCCGUGCUGGGGAGGAGGCGAGCAGCCGUGGUGCGGGAGGAGAUGAAUGAGGGAUCAGGGAUGUUCACUGUGCACGCGCACCUGCCCAUGGCCGAGUCGUUUGGGUUUGCGGAGGAGCUCAGAGGAAGGACGUCCGGUGCUGCCAGUCCCCAGCUGGCGAUGAGCCAUUGGUCGAUGGUCCCGGACGAUCCGUUCUUUGUGCCGCGGACCGAGGAGGAGAGGGAGGAGUAUGGCGACUCAGGGGUGGGGCUAGAUCGCCGCGUUCUCCCUUCCUCUGGUACUAUUAUCACUACUACGGUGAUCAUGGCGCGCUCGACACCUCUCGUCUUCGUCCUGCUCUGUGCAGCGUUCUUCACUGUCGCCGCGUCUGCAUCGAUCUUCCCGCUCUUCCUACCCAAAGCCGGCGUUUCAGCCGGCACGGCUGCUGCUGCUCAGGCGAAGCCCUUGGUGUGGAAAGGGAAAACUGUCAGUAGUGAAGUACGCGCGUCGGGGAAACAUGUCGCCAAGGUGGUGAGGUACUCUGCAACUACAUACUAUGCCACGUAUCAUUUCGCUGCUCUGAACAUAAAAUCGGGAGGGAAGGCACCUCUCUUUACCCACGGGUUUUCCUGCACCGAACCCUCCUCCGGACCGGAUAUACAGUGGGUUAACAUCACCAGUGACAGAACCGGCCGGCGUAAGCGCUACAGCUUCACUUUCACGGUUAACCAGGGGCCGCAUUCGCUGGCUGACUCGCGUGAAGAGGUUGCAGGUUACUAUAAGGUGUUCGGCCCUUAUAUGAGGAUUGGGCUUGAGAACAGCAAGUAUCCGUCACUCUGCGGGAAGGUUAAGAAAGUGAAGGGUUAG